AUGCCAAUCAGGUACAGCAUAGUUGUUCCAGCAUACAAGGAGAGUGGGAACUUAGAGGCGCUCACAACACAGGUGUUUGAUGCGCUCACAGAUGCCGGUUUUGCCAAGAAUGAUGUAGAGAUGCUCAUCGUUGACGAUAAUUCGCGGGAUGGUUCGGUCGAAGUUGUACAGAAGCUUCAGAAGGAGGGAUACGGUGUACGUAUUGAUGUUCGCACAACGGAGCGUGGUUUGAGCAGCGCAGUUAUUCACGGUAUUUCUAACUCUAAAGGAAGCCUAAUUUUUGUGAUGGAUGCUGAUCUUCAACAUCCACCCGAAGCUGUUCCUCGUCUGUUCCGCGCCCUCGAAAAGCCAGAAGUUGAGUUUGUCUGCGGCACCAGGUAUGGUGCAGGUGUAGCCAUCGAUGGCGACUGGCCUCUGCAUCGACGGGUCAUUUCAUGGGGUGCACGCGUGCUUGCUCGUCCACUUACGCCUCUCAGUGACCCCAUGUCAGGCCUUUUUGGCCUUCGCAAGGAGGUUUUUCAGCGUGGUGUAGAAGUGUUGAGUCCUGUUGGCUACAAAAUAGCACUCGAGCUUUUUGUUAAGUGCCACGUGCAAAAGUAUGAAGAAGUUGGCUUCAACUUUGCCACCCGAACUGUGGGUGAGAGCAAGCUAACGGGAAAGGUGAUGGUUCAUUACCUGAAGCACCUCAAGGACCUUUAUCUGUUUGCAUUUGGCGUGUGGGCACUGCUUGUGCCGUUGGCCAUGGUAUUUGUCCUCCUUUGCUUUAUGAAGCACGUUCUGUAG